CUCAAAUACCUUUGCCGAUCGCCUCCCUACCCCCCAUUGCCGCCAUUCGAGGGCCCCUUACGAGUAAAGACUUCUUAACCGACACUUCCCCGAAUCGCUCGCGAUGGCUAGCUCAUUAGCCUUUCCGAAUGGCCACGGAACCAUAGGAUUAUCACCUCGCGCGCGCUUCUCCGACAUUCCGCGAAGUAUUGACAUUCCAGUGUCCGCUGGAGACGAAGAGGAGGAUGAUGAGAACGCCCUCGUGGAAGUUGACCCCGAUAUGCUUCCCGAUGAUCCGACGGAGCUGUGUACUCUUCUUGAGAACGAAAGAUCCCCUAAACAGUAUUGGAUGUAUAUCGCUCUCGCAUAUGCGAAACACGACAAAGUUGAUUUUGCGAUUGAAAUAAUUGCUAAAGGAUUACAAGCCAAAACCCACGAACCAAUGCCUGAGAGACUGCCAAUGCUACAUCUCCUGACAUGGCUAUAUCUAGAGCGCAGCCGCGAAGCUGCGAAAAACGUGGCUGGUAUGAAUAUGUCCCAAUACCUCCUCGAAACCAUGCUAAAUCCGCAGCCCUAUUCAGAAGGGUCUGCUCUGAUCUCUGAAGCAAAGACGAAGGAUCACUAUCUUCAGCUUGCGACCCAAAUACUCAAUGAAUCCUCACGCUUGGACCCCGCUUCAAUAUUGGUCACUCUUGCCCGUGGCGUAUACUCCAUAUUCAAGGCGUCUGUUGGUACGGCAGAUAAAAACACUCAUAUGGACAAUGCGGCAAAAAUAUUUGAUGACGCCGUUCGCACCUCGCGGGCGACAAACAUGCUUGCAAUUAUGGGAAGAGCGAGAGUUUUGUACGGGAAAGGGAGAUAUGAGAAGGCGCUCGAAUCGUAUCAGGAGGUAUUGACCAAGAGGCCAGAUAUGGAUCCCGAUCCGAGAAUAGGAAUCGGAUUGUGCUGUUGGCACUUGGGGCACAAAGACGACGCCUUGGUGGCAUGGGAGCGUGCGCUGGAGUUGGACCCCAAUUCGAAAUAUGCUCAUAUCCUGAAGGCGUUAUACCAUCUUCAUGUCACCUCAAAUUUGUCGGAAUUCGACCCCGAAUUCAUCAACAACUACCGUUUGGUGAUUGAGCAUACCCAGAAGGCAUUUAAACUCGACAAGCAGUUCCCACUAGCGUGCACAACAUUUGCUAGUCAUUUCUUUAUCAAGAGAGGAUAUUCGCAGUGUGAGCUUCUAGCUAAGAAAGCUAUCGAGUAUAGUGAUGUUGCAGCUGUUACGGCUGACGGAUGGUUUUCGCUCGCAAGGAAGGCGCAUGUCGAGGGAGAAUAUGAGAAGGCAUUAGGACAUUACAAGAGGAGCGACGCAUUACGGGAAGGAUACCUGCCGGCAAAGCUUGGGAUUGGGCAAGUCCAGAUUCUGAUGAAAGGUGCCUCUUAAUUCUCAUGACCUCCGAAUAUCCUCACUAACCAAUUUUCAAAGACCUCGGCGCAGCGAAGUACACCUUCGAGGCUAUUGUUCAAGCAAAUCCAAAGUGCAUCGAGGCAAGAUCGAUACUGGGGACUCUCUAUGCAGAUGAGGUUCUCUCUGCUAUCCCACGAACCGGCUUUUCUGCUUCAAAAGAAGAUGUCACAGUGCUACACAGAAAGGCUAUCAGUCUUCUUGAGAAUGUUCGAUUCACGUGGAAGGCAGAGGCUAAAAAGAAUGACGCCCACCACGAAACCAUCCUUCUGUCUUUAGCACGGCUUUACGAAAACGACCAACCCGAACGAGCACUCCAAUGCUUACUGCAAGUCGAAGAGAUAUAUAAAUACCUGAUAGAUAAUGGAGAUGACGUUAUGAUGCCUGUUCAGUUAACAAACAACAUUGCAACCCUCUACUGGCAAAAGGGCGAAUUCAACACGGCUCGAACGUAUUAUCAAGGCGCUCUGAACGCAAUUCCGGAGUUGAAAGAAAAAGAUGAGGCCGCCGAUACUGAUGCUCUAGCCACCACCCUGACCUACAAUCUAGCCCGAUGCGAAGAAGCCGCCGGCAACAUCGAGGAGGCAACCAAGAACUACGAGAAGCUCUUGGCCUACCACGAUGACUAUGUCGAUGCGAAUAUGCGGUUGGCUUAUUUGGCCCUUCGACGCGGUGCAGAGGACGGCCAUAAGAGGAUCCAGAAGCUAAUGCAGACAGACGGAAACAAUCUUGAGGUCCGAGCGCUAUAUGGUUGGUAUCUUGGGCGCCAAAAACGCAAGCACCCGAUCAUUAUCUCAGAAGAUCCAGAGCAGAGGCAUUACAAGCAUACUCUUCAGAACUACGAAAAACACGAUCGUUACUCCCUCAUUGGAAUGGGCAAUAUCUACCUUCUUGCUGCUCGAGAUAUCAAAAAAGAAAAUGAGCAGGAGAGGGAGAAGCGGAGAAAGCUUUACGAGAAGGCAGUCGAGUUCUUUGAUAAGGCUUUGCAAUUGGAUCCAAAAAACGCAUACGCAGCCCAAGGGAUAGCAAUUGCUUCUGUGGAAGAUCGGAAGGAUCUCAAAACCGCCGUGAGUAUGUUCUCCAAAGUCAAAGAGACGCUCUCGAAAGAUGCGCACUCUCUAGUCAACUUCGGACACUGUCUUGCUGGACUGGAUCAAUGGGCCAGAGCAAUCGAGAACGUAAGUCCCCCUCUUUCUCUUUACCAACCCAGUUACACAAUUGCUUGCUUUCACGGGGGCCUUUCCUAUCUCUUAGUUCAUCCACUAUCAUUUACAUCCGUAAUUACUUAUCUUUUUUUUCGCUUUUCCCCAUUUGCUUUUCCCUUCGCCAUUAUACCCUAGUCGUCGGCAGGCACCGAUACUCAUUGAACGCUCCCCUUCCAGACGUUACCUUUCGCUCCUUUUUGAUUAUUUCCUUAUCCCCGCUGUUUCGGACAGUUUAUCUGUUUGCCUAUCCUAUCAACGCCCUGUCGCUAUCAACCCUUACCCCAUAUCUUUUGUUUUUCUUGUUUAUGCACUCAUCCAUUUACCACCUUAAUGCCCCUUGCUUAUCCUGUGCUUAACCGCCCCUCUUUCCUACCCCUACGGCCCACUCACUGGGGCCCCCAAUAUCGUCAAUGGGGACCUCUCAUAUGGCUAACUUGGCCCUCAAUUCACUGUAGUACGAGUCGGCUCUUACAAAGUUCCAACUAGGCAAAGAUCCAACAACAUUGACAUGUCUCGGGAAAGCAUACUUCUCCAAGGGUCGGAAGGAGCGAACGACCGAGCCCGAGAAGUCAAUGGAGAGCUUUAAGAACGCUCUUGAUUACGCAAAGCGAGUAAGCCACAUUAAUCAUCCCCAACCAGCAGUUAGCCAAGCAUAGUUAGACGAAUUAACCCUUCCAUAAUAGGCUCUAGCGAUUGCACCGGAUAACGUGAUGUACAUGUUCAAUGUAGCAUAUGUACAAUUCCAGAUUGUUCAAUUCAUCAUGAGCCUCCCGGAAACUUCACGCAGCCUUGAAGAUCUUGAGGCUGCUUCCAAAGGCCUUGAGGGGGGAAUACAGUGAGUUUAACCUUGUAUAUGUGCUUUCUUUCUUCUUUUUUGCUCUGCUUUUCUAUCUCUCCCUUCUCUCCCCCCCGUCCCCCGCACCGACUGCACCGGAACAGGCAGGCCCCGGACGGCCACAGCCGCUUGAUCCCUGGGUGAACGUUAUGCGUUGAGCCCUCUCACUUUUGCACUUUCUCGGGACUAAUAUGAUUUUCCACAGAUCUUUCUCAGAUAUAGCACGGUCCAACAACCCCCCAUACCCAUCCUCAGAAAUUGAGGCACGGUCCACCAUGGGCAAGAAUACCUUCCGCAAGCAAAUGGAAAGAGCAAUCCAGAAGCAACGUGAGUACGAGGAAAAGAACCAAGCUAAACUGGCCGAAGCAAGGCGUAAGCGCGAGGAAGACCUUCGACGCAAAAGGGAAGCCAAGGAAGCGGAGGAGCGAGAGGUCGAGAAGCGCAACAAAGCGAUAGCAGAUCAGCGCAAGAAGAUGCAAGAGGAAGCAAGAGAAUUCGCGGAGAGGAAGGCGGCAGAGGAACGUAUCCGCGAAGAGAACUCUGAUGGCGAGAAGAAACGGAAAAGACCAUCAACUUCUGGAUCAAAGUCCAGAUCCACGCGCAAACGUGGUGGCAAGAAGGACGGAACAAUAGACUCUGACUCUGCUUCUGAGCCUUCCCGUCGCAGGAGCAAGUCGAAGUCUGCCAUCACAGAUGACGAUGAGCAGAAGCCAGCCAGAAAGCGCAAAAAGCUAACGCGCAGAGCAUCCCCAACUAAUAAGGGCAAGUUCAAGUCCUCGGAGGUGGUCAACUCCAGCGACGACGAGGACGACGACGAUAUCCUCGCCCCACCUCCCGCCCCCCCACCCGAGGUUCCCGAGGAAGGGGGUAAGAAGCGCAAGCGCAAGCCCGCCAGGGCCAUUGAUAGCGGGGAUGACGAGGAUUUGGAGGACACAAACGAGGAUUUAUUCGGGGACGACUUUAGUAAGACUACGGGCGGGCCUAAGGAUAGUGAUGAUGUAGAGAUGCGGGAUAGAGCUCCUACUCCUGGAGUCGGUGAUGAGGAUUGAUCGGAUUGUCAAGGGGUCCUUUUUCUUUCCUUUUUUUCCUCAUGUUAGCUUUGAUGUCUACCCUCGUGUAUUGUACCCUCCAUUCCUCACCCAAAAAUACGCAGUUGUAUUCAUUAGUCUAGUUAAUGGGCGGUAACGGCUACAUUUACUCUAAUCUGGCAUCCGUUAUUCCUUUUUUCUUUUCCUCUCUACCUGUACUUUCCCUCUGUUUCCUUUGUGCUACCGUACAUUGUAGUUUAACAUUAUAGUUCCCAUGAAAAUCAUACCGGAAUCGUAUC